CCAUCAGUCCAUCACUACUCUCUGCCACUGCGCAUCAGCGCCGCCCCUUUCACACCGCCGGCCGGCGCCAUGGCCUCCCCGUCCCCGUCCCCGUCCCCGUCCCCGUCCUCUCCCACUGCCCGCCGCCGCAGACACACCAUCUACCACGGCCACCGCCGCGCCUCGCCGCACCGGCCCACAGUCCGCGGCGGCCUCUUCACCGACCUCCGCUUCCCCUCCCCAAUACCCCGCCCUCCCCCCUCCCCCGCCACCGCAACCGCCUUCCGCCUCCGCGACUGGGAUCCACACUCGCCCUAUUCCCCGUCGUCCGCUCCCUCUCCCUCCGCCUCCGCUUCCUCCUCCACAUCCGCCUCCGCGCGCCGCCUCUCCCCGCUCGCGCGCUUCCUCCUCGACGCGCUCCGCCGCCACCAGCGCUGGGGCCCGCCCGUCGUCGCCGACCUCUCCAAGCUCCGCCGCGUCCCGCCGUCCCUCGUCGCCGAGGUCCUCACCGCGCGCCCGCCCCCGCCGCCGCCGCUCGCGCUCCCGUUCUUCCUCUGGGCCGGCCGCCAGAAGGGCUUCCGCCACUGCUUCCCGGCCUUCCACGCCCUCGCCUCGCUGCUCUCCGCCGCGGGGCUCCCAGCCGCGGCCGACCAGCUCCCCGACCUCAUGCGCGCGCACGGCAAGCCCGUCUCCCACUCGCAGCUCACCCUCCUCGUCCGCCUCCACACCGCCGCGCGGCGCCCCCUCCGCGCUCUCCACGCGCUCCGCCGCUUCCGCCACGAGUUCGACGUCCAGCCGCAGGUCCACGCGUGCAACCGCGUCCUUGGCGCGCUGGCUGCUGCGGGCCACGUGGAGGACGCGCUCAAGCUGUUCGAUGAAAUGUCGGAGGGUGGCGUGCAGCCUAUCCCAGUGACGUUUGCCAUCGUGGUUCGUGCACUAGCACACGCAGGGAUGACUGAUAGGCUUCUGGAAAUGAUUGGAAGGAUGCGGAACGAGGUGUGCCGGCCUGAUGUCUUUGUGUACACUGCGCUGGUGAAGACAAUGGUGCGGAGGGGGUAUAUGGAUGGCUGCAUCAGGGUGUGGGAGGAAAUGGAGAAGGAUGGGGUGGAGCCAGACACAAUGGCGUAUGCUACAAUGGUUGGGGGGUUCUGCAACACCGGGAUGGUGGAGGAAGCAGCAGAAUUGUUCAAGGAGAUGAGGAGCAAGGGGUUACUGGUGGACAGGUCAGUGUAUGCAUCGCUCAUUGAUGGGUACGUUGCUGCUGGGAGGGUUGGCGAUGGGUGUAGGUUGUUGAAGGAAUUAGUUGAUGCUGGCUACCGUGCUGACCUGGGGAUAUAUAACACACUUAUUAGUGGACUGUGUGGCAUAGGUAGGGAGGAUAAGGCUCAUAACUUAUUUCGGAUUGUUCUUCAGGAGGAGCUUAUGCCAAGUUCUGAUACUGUUUCACCGUUGCUAGCUCGUUAUGCCGAAAAGGGUGAAAUGGUUACAUUUUUUGGAUUGGUCAACAAACUGGCAGAGCUGGGUUUGCCUGUUAUUGAAAUGUUAGUAGAUUUUAUGAAGCUCUUUGCAGGAAAGGAUGGUAGGGAAUUGAAGGCUAUGGAAGUGUUUGAUGCGUUGAAAGAAAAACAGUAUUGUAGUGUCGGCAUUUAUAACAUUCUUAUUGAAAAUCUGCUGAAGAUCAAGGAUAGGAAGAAAUCACUUUUGCUGUUUGAAGAAAUGCAAAGUUCAGUUAAUUUUAAACCAGAUUCAUGUACAUAUAGUCAUAUGAUCCCAUGUUUCAUGGAUGAAGGAAAUGUCGAAGAGGCCUGCUCAUGCUACAACACCGUGAUGAAGGAAAAUUGGAUACCAAGUAUGUCAGCCUACUGUGCUCUUGUGAAAGGGCUUUGCAAGAUGGGGGAGAUCAACGCAGCCAUAUCACUUGUUAAAGAUUGUCUUGGAAAUGUAGAAAAUGGGCCAACUGAAUUUAAAUACACCUUGACUAUUCUCGAAGCCUGCAGAUCAAAAAGCCCAGAGAAAGUCAUUAAUGUGGUGAAUGAGAUGAUUGAAGUAGGCUGUUCAAUGGAAGAAAUUGUCUAUUCUGCCAUCAUAUAUGGUUUCUGCAAGUAUGCAAGUUCAACUGAGGCGAGGCAGGUGUUCACUAUCAUGAGAGAUCGAAAUAUCUUAUCGGAAGCCAAUUUUAUUGUCUACGAGGACAUGCUGAAUGAGCACUUGAAGAAGGCCACUGCAGACUUGGUGAUAUCUGGAUUGAAGUUUUUUGACCUUGAGUCAAAAUUGAAAUGGAGAAGCAGAAUUGAUUGAAGAAACAUUUAUGCAGUUACUCGGUACAAUCUUCUUCUCUUUACUUCAGAUUUCAAAUUUAACCGUUGGAUACGCAUGUAUGUUAUUAACUUAAAGUGUUUGCAAGUGUUUAUAUGCUUCCCCAAUGGAAAAGGAAUGAAUCUUGAAGCAAACUCAAGUGUCAGCCUAAUUGUGGUUAUGGGUACAUUACUCACUUCAGCUUUGGGACCCAUGUCCCUAGCUCAUUAUCAGCUACAUGAACUGUCAAUUCGUUGUCAUGAUCCUCACAUCUGGUUUCUCCCUGUGUUUGUGUCUGUCGGGGGUGGGGGGGUAUCUUAUUUGAUUCAGUGGGCCACGGCACCGUUGUACCAAGCUUGCCUUCCAGGCCACAGAACCUCUCAACGUUUGGCAGGAUGACUCCUUUGUAGUUGUGACCCUGUUAUCUAUUCCAUGUGACGAAGUGGCAAUAUUAUUGGAGUCUGUUAGAAAAGAUGCCAAACAUAAAAGGCUUUGGUUGGAAUGAGUUCACAUUGAGGAUUCUCAUGGGCAAUAUCUAUGGACUUAGCCCAAAGAGUGUAAAUGUGUCAGGUAUUGGUUGGGAAGUUCGCUGCAAUACGAGGUGCCAGCAAUGACAUCCCACUUAACCUAGUUGAGACAUGGGGGCUGGGGAGUUAUUAUGGGGGAGGAAGGCGAGACCGCAAAAGAAGGGGAAUUUUGGGCAGGUGUUAGGGCAUUGAUAGUUCUUGCCUCUGUGAAUGGACUUCUCAUCUGGCCUUAGAGGGCCUGAAAACUUGUGACUAGUCUGGCCAAAGGAGCACUUAGGCAUUUCAAGGGUGCUUUGGGAUCCUAUCUCUCUCUCUCUCUCUCUCUCCAGGAAAGCAUAGUAGUAUUUGUCUGAAGAGUUUUUUUAUUUUUGUGAAAUAAUAUGAUACAUCAUGUGAUUUUAAUGUUGCACUGUUUAGGAGGUAGAACCAUUCAACUGCCUGUCUGUUCUCUUUAUGGAAAUUCAUAAACCUGCUUAUACCAGAAUUCUUUGCAAGGAGCAUGAUGUGGCUAACUAUAGUUGAUGUCUGUAUAUUUAUUUGCUCCUAGUUAUGAGCUAUUUGUAUUUCAUUCAUAACACUUUUCUCAAGCUGAUCUUCGUGAUAUAAUCCAAGUCCUGGUGCAAUGUUACUUAAUAGAAAAAAGAACAAUUAACUCUGCAUUUAUUUAAGAGAUACCCUCUGUUUGAUGUGGCAUUUCUUAUUGUUAUUGAUUUUAGUUUUUUAUAAGGUAGAAAAGCUGAACUAAUAAACUUAAUAAUUCAUCAAGAAAACCGAUUUUGUAUGUGUUUGAAACAUUUUUAAUUUAAAAAAAUCUGAUUUUAUUGGAUCAAUUAUAGCUGCCUCAUCUUUGUUUGGAGCUUCAUCUUGUCACUAAUUUAGUCAUUUCUCUCUCUCUCUCUCUCUCUCUCUCUCUCUCUCUAAAACAGUUCUGUUAUGGCCUUCUGGGCAUCUUGUCUUUAAUAAAUUUUAUAAUUAUUGUUUCAUGCAUUCGCUAGAACCACCUUUGGAAACCGUGGGGGCAUCACAGAUGAAAAUACUGGAAUUCAAAUAUAGGGGCACCACUAACCUUUGUAUUGCGUGAACUACCAUUCAUCCUCAACCUCUUUCAGGAUGCUGUUUGCCCUGAAAAGGAAGUCUUUCAGGAUGCUUAUGGUAGCGUUCGAAAUAUACUGGCAACAUCAGGGCUUGGUCCUUCAUUUUUCUGGCGAGGUUGAAAUUGCAAAGGAGGGACAUGAAUUAAAUCCAUUUGGUAACAUUCGCACAAAGGUUGCUUGUUACAACAAUCUCAUCAGCUGGACGAUGUGAAAGAUCAAUUCUGGCUGGUUGACACUUGACAGCAAAGCGGGAUCCAUGUCGUGCAACCUACAAGAUCGAUGCAGAGGGUGAUGCUGGCUUCCCCUGUGCGUGGUCUCUGGUUUGAUGUCGGUUUCCACUGGCCAGAUGGAUGCAACCGAUUGGGUGUAGCUUUAGAAGCAAUACUGCAUGGCUGGCUACCGGUGAUGAGGACCUUGUGAGGUUGAUCUAUCCUUGUAGGUCCGUUCAUUCAUAAGCAUAUCAUUUCCCUGCAGAGAAGAUAUCAUCAGGCUGUCAGCUAACGCAGGGCAAGUAGCUAUCAUCAUGCCAAAAGCAGAGAAUGGAGGUUACGUAACAGGAUCCUGCUGCCACAGUCAUUGUGUCUGGUGGACUAAUAUCUCCCCAAUGCAAAACUUGGAUUCAGGUUAAAAUAUUUCUGAAAUUUGGGUGACCUCUCUGAACCACGAAACUUCUGGAGUGCAACUAGUCCGAGUCCAGCUGCUAAACCAUUCCAACGAGAUCAUCUGGCUGAACCAUUUCUGAAAUUUGGAUGACCUCUGUCAACCACGAAAUUUGGCCAAGCAGUAUAUAUGCAUGGAAGACAAAACUAGUGAAGUGAUAAAACUUUAAGCUGAUUAGCCCACUUGACAAAGUAUGGCUACCACUUGAUUGUGAAGACAAUUAUGCUUCACCUAGCUAAUUAAGGCGUACCAGACACAAGGUGUGGCUUUUGGCUUUUUGUAAAUACAAAUGACGUCCUUGGACGUGAAAUAUUUCCAUUAGCAAAAUAAAGGCCGUUUGUUUUGAGGUUCAACAGUGGCUAUUUAAGGAGCUUAACCUACAAGGCUUCAGUGGACAAGGUAGGGACAAUAUUUUUUUUUCCUCCUUUAGAACAUUGCAGGAGAGCUACAUGUCAUUUCGUUUAAAUUUAAAGAAGAAUAAAGUUCUGUUAGGUUACAA